CUUCGGCUCGCCGGCGUAGGCGAACAACCACCUUGAACCGCAACCACGGUUUUAUUUACCCCAGGUUUUCUUUUCGUGCCUCCCCUCACAGAAUUUCACCUCAGACUGCUAAGCGGUAUAUUCUAGAUCAACCUGGAACCUGUAGUAUAGCUUGAAAUCAGCAUGAGAUCUCGCGUUCUGCAAAGCAUUCCCCUUCGGAGGGCGGCCACCAGUAUUAGCCGGGGCCGUCUGUCGUUCAACAACAUCCAUGCUCGAUCUGCCAGUAGCGUCUCGCAGCGUCCAAACUCCGACUUUGUUUCUUUCCCUGGAGCCUUGAAGAGCUCCUUUACCAGCGACCUCAACUUCGAGUCUCCAGAGUCACACCAGGCAAUGCCCACGUACCGCGUUGUUGAUCAGCACGGUGUUGUCGUCGACACGUCCUUUGAACCAGAUCUAUCCGAGGCCGAAAUUGUCAAGCUUUAUACCGAUAUGCUAUACAUUUCUAUUAUGGACCUCAUCAUGUUCGACGCCCAACGGCAAGGUCGACUCAGCUUCUACAUGGUCAGCGCUGGCGAAGAGGCUGUCAGCGUUGGUAGCGCUAGUGCUCUGGAUAAGGAUGAUGUAAUGUUCACACAGUAUCGUGAGCAGGGCGUGUUUAGAGAGAGGGGAUUCACAACAAAGGAGUUUAUGGGCCAAUUAUUUGCAAACAAGAAUGAUAGUGGCAAAGGCAGAAACAUGCCUAUUCACUUUGGAAGCAAGGAACUCAACAUUCACACUGUAUCUUCUCCUUUAGCUACCCAGUUACCCCAGGCAUCUGGCGCUGCUUACGCCCUGAAGAUGCAGCACCGACAAGAUCCCAGCUCUAAGCCGAGAGUCGCGGUUGUCUACUUUGGCGAAGGUGCUGCUAGCGAGGGUGAUUUCCACGCAGCUAUGAAUAUUGCUGCUACUAGAGCUUGCCCCGCUAUCUUUAUCUGCAGAAACAACGGCUUUGCCAUCUCGACACCUACUCUUGAGCAAUACCGUGGUGACGGCAUUGCAAGCCGUGGUGUUGGUUAUGGUAUUGAUACCAUUAGAAUUGAUGGCAACGAUAUCUGGGCUGUUCGUGAAGCAACCAAGAAGGCUCGUGAAAUCGCUCUCAAGGACGGCGGUAGACCUGUUUUGAUUGAAGCGAUGACCUACCGUGUCUCACACCACAGCACAUCUGACGAUUCGUUCGCCUACCGUGCCCGUGUUGAAGUUGAAGACUGGAAGAGAAGAGAUAACCCCCUGACCCGAUUGCGCAAGUGGAUGGAAGCUAAGGGCUACUGGGACGAGGUUAAGGAGAAGGAGGCUCGUGACACUCUUCGCAAAGAAAUUCUAAAGGGUUUCAGUGAGGCAGAGAAGGAAAAGAAGCCCGCUCUGCGCACUAUGUUCGAGGACGUCUACGAAGAACUCACUCCUGACCUUAAAGCGCAGAUGCAAGAGUUGCGUGAAAUUCUCGAUCAGUACCCUGAUGAGUACGACUUGGCAGAGUUCGAGGGUGGCAAGGAAACGUUAAAACCGUGAGCGCGCAUGUGGCACAACCAGCGCUGAAUCCGGCGGGAGAUACAGAAAAGCAAAAAAAUAUAUGUUAUAGUACGGGUUGAUAAAGGAUAUUCAAGAAAUAGACGCAAGUCCUCCUACAGAUUUAUGUCCUGAUAGCCACUAUUUAUGAUGUAUACAAUUGAUCAGAUGCUAUAG